UAUCGUUGCAACUCCUUCAAAAGAUUUUAUUUCAUCACCCGAUCUAAUUUCGAUCAGUUGCCUUAACGCAAUUGCACAGGUAACUAAAAUGAAAAAUCACGUGAAAUCCAAAAAAAAAAAUCACGUGGACAGGUUUAGAGGUUUGACGAAUUCUUCACGUAAAAAAUGGUAACAAUAUAUAAUAAAUUCGACUGUCAACAUGUUCUUUCCAAGUCACAUAUAUUCAUUAUAUUCUACCAAGUCCUCCAGUCCAUGAUAUAACUCAGCUGGUUAUAACCAAAUCUUCUGCGGCGAGUGUCCUCCAGCAUACUGCCACGAAAUCGAUUUCACUCAUUACAAACGUCGUGAAGCCAUAUAACGACUGCUUCGACUACAUUUUCGUGCGGUUCUUCAAUUCACUCCGGCAAUUCAAGAAUUCUCAUUGAUGUCCAUUUUCCGCGCACGCCGAUAACAGUUCCAACUAGGUUCUUUCAUUUUUGUCAUCGGCAUCUUUUGCACUUUGAAGUUUUUUCCCACUGUACAAAAAGAGAUUCCCCUCUGUAUUAAAGACUUACGAAUUUAAUUGACGCUGGCAUGUGGCGAUGUUCCCGACUGUAAUUACUGAAUACGUAAUGACUCGUUGGAAACGAGGCACCAACAGUUGUGAGGUGGACCUUCGUUACUACAGUCGACAUUGCACUUGUCUGUCGUCCGUUGCUACAAAAUAAAACUCUCAUGGAGAACAUCUUCGACAGCUCGUACUAUUCGUUUACGAAACGAGGACUACAAUGCAUUGGUCAGUGGCCAUUUCAAUCAUCGAAGGAAAAGAGAAUCUUAAGGUGCUUGACCAUUUUCAUUAUCACCAGUAUCCUGAUACCUACGAUUACCAAAUGUAUAACAUCAAUAGAUGAUAUAGAUGUUGUCACUGAAGUCCUAUUUAUUAUCGGAUUAAUAGCAUUAGCUUUCACGAAGUUUUUCAACUGGACAAUUCUGGAGGACAUUAUGAUUCAACUACUUUUGACCAUUAAAAGAGAUUGGCAAAGUUUGAUAGAUCAACGUGAUAUUGAAUUACUGCAGCAGCAUUCCGAAAGAGGACGAAAAUUGAGUGUAGCAUUUGCAACAUUUAUCUACGGGAAUCUUCUGCUAUAUUUUUGCACACCAGCAAUUCCAAAGAUAUUGGAUAUUUUCUAUCCAUUAAAUGAGACUCGUCCCCGAUUAUUUCUGUCUCAGACAGAAUAUUUCAUCGAUCAUGAAAAGUACUAUACAUAUAUAUUGUUUCACGCCUACAUCAGCAGUAUUAUAAAUACGGCGUGCAUAGUCUUUUUCGAGAAUUUCUUUGCAAUUUGUGUUUGCCAUGCAUGUGGAAAGUUUGAAAUCCUGAAAGCGCAUCUAGAAUCACUACAUUUAGACGGAACAAUAUUAAUUGAAGAAACAUCAUUGGCCGAUUUCUAUUUCAUUAAGAAUCGUAUAAGGAUCUGCUCUGAUUUACAAACACAGACGUUAGAAUUCGUUGAUUGUUUGGAAUCUUCUUAUUGUGUUGCUCUUCUAUUCACGGUGGGAAUUAAUAUAGGGUUGAUAGUAGUGGCUGGUACUGUAGCUAUGAUUAAAAAUUCUGAACCAAGUGAAUCAAUUAGAAUGGUCUGCAUUACUGCUGACCUAAUCAUUCAUUUAUUCUACUCCAGUUGGUUAGGACAUGCCCUUAUUGUUCAAAACGAACGUGUUCUUGAUGCAGUUUACCAGAGUGAAUGGUAUCGCUUCUCCAGUCGAUCGCAGUUGAUGCUUCUUUCUAUCAUGAUGAGAAGUUUAAAACCAUGUCAAUUGACAGCUGGAAAACUCUAUAUCAUGUCGAUGCAAGGAUUCGGAGCGGCCAUGAGAACUGUCAUGUCUUUCUUCACUCUUUUCAAUUCAAUGAGAUAAACUCGUAAGGAAUUGAAAAUCCAUAAU